AUGCCUAGCUGUGACCAUUCUUGUGGCUGUAGCCGUGGCCCCAACGUGGAAGAUGGCAAGUGGUAUGGAGUCCGCUCCUAUCUGCACCUCUUCUACGAGGACUGUGCAGGUACUGCCCUCAGCGAUGACCCUGAGGGGCCUUCCAUCUUGUGCCCUCGCCGGCCCUGGCCCUCACUGUGCUGGAAGAUCAGCCUGUCCUCAGGGACCCUGCUUCUGCUGCUGGGUGUGGCAGCCCUGACCACUGGCUAUGCGGUGCCCCCCAAGCUGGAGGGCAUUGGAGAGGGCGAGUUCCUGGUGUUGGAUCAGCGGGCAGCCGACUACAACCAGGCCCUAGGCACCUGCCGCCUGGCAGGCACAGCGCUCUGUGUGGCAGCCGGGGUCCUGCUGGCCAUCUGCCUGUUCUGGGCCAUGACCAGCUGGCUGAGCCAUGACACCAAGGCAAAACGCUUGGACACUGAAGCUGAUGGUCAUCUGGAGGUCUUUGGGGACGAGUCAGAGCAGCAACUGUCCCCCAUCUUCCGUGAUGCCAGUGGCCAGUCUUGGUUCUCACCACCUGCCAGCCCCUUUGGGCGAUCUUCUGUGCAGACCAUCCAACCCAAGCGGGACUCUUGAGCUGCCCUCAUGGCCAGAGGAGUCACCAGACAGGAUUUCCUCCUCCCCACCACACCACGCUCUCUCAUUGUCUCCAUAACUUCUCCCUUUCAGCAGAGACCCUUCUGUCUAAACCCUGAGAUGGCUCAACUGCAGGUCAGACAGUCUGGAGCUUACAUCCCCAUGCUCAUUCUCAGGGGGUAGGGCCCCAGCUCAUCCAAGAUGCCAAUCUUCUCCAAGUUCGCCCGAAACUUCCUACCCACCCCUCCUCCCCCAGGCCCUUCAGGGGCAGAAAGCAUCUCCCUCAACCUGCCCCCAUUCUUUCCUCUGUGUGACUCUGGCCCAGCCCCUUUCCUUUCAGACAACCAGUUCCUGUCUCUGUACUAUAAGGGAUUGGGACAAGAUUCUCGAGUUCCAUGACUUCCCUAUUCUCUCUAGGAUGUAAGUAUUACUCCCUAUAGGCAAAGAUGGGGGCGGUGAGGUAGCAGGGUCAUUCUCAUCCCUCCUUCUGUCAGCUGCACCAGGAUACCUCAGGAUGGGUCAAAGAUGCUCACUGGACUUCCUGUCCGGGAUGGUAUGAAAACAUUUACCCCCUAGAGUACAUUUUCUACAUAUAUUUUGGCAUCAGAGCCCCUCCAUCCUCUCUAUCCCAGACUAUUACUAGCCCCAGUGUGCAGAUGAGGUGGCUGAGGGAAACUGGUAGUCUGCAGGAACUCAGACCCACAUUUUCAGACUCUUGGGCCAGCUCUUGUUCUACAGCUGGAGCAGGGCCACUGUAUCUUCCUGGCUUCCAGGGGACCCCCAGGGGUUGGAGACAGGCUUGACCCAGGGAGAGUAGUUGAAGGCAAUGGUUUCUGGUUACUCAGAAAAUACUUUGGACAUGCAUUUAAGUGGUCUCUAAGAGCCACUUAAGAACUGGGAUGUCUUUUGUCUGUCAAAGUACCCCACCUUAGAUACUGUCACUCACAGGUGACACAGCAUCUCUGUUCUUUGCCACUAGGUGGAGCUCCAAGGCAGCCGGAGAGAGACAUUUAAGACCCUGCCCCUACCCUCCCUACUGUUUCACCACCAGCUUGAGGGGCAUCCUGAGGGGGAGUCCUCAGUCUUCCCCCACCAGGCAGGCCCUACUACCCUUGUGCCCCAGGCCACCUCC